UGUAGAACUAAACAGACCAUCUACAAAAGAUCAUCUCUGAGACUUCAGUCAUAAACUUCUAAAUUAACAACACAGUCCAUCUUCUGUCUAUCAGUGGGGGGGUGGGAGUUCAUGGUAAAGGCAAUCAGCGCACCACUAGGCCUUGUUUCCAUGGAGGCAUACCCGAGGACUCGUUGCGACUGAGGCAUGCCAUUCUUCUUCCCGCUGCUAAAAUGUGCUGCUUAUUCUGACUGAGCUAUUGUGGAGCGCACAAGUGGCUCUCUUAGGAGAAGGGGAUGGGGAAAGAAAGGGUGGGGUCAAGGUUCAAACAAAACGCUCCCAUUGGGACUCCCUUUCUGUUAUCAAAUUUGUUGAGACACAAAAAGAGCUACAGUCUCAUUCCUAAGCACAUCUUGAGGGAGAGAAAGGGAGUUACAGGAUUCAGCAUUCUUUGUGUCAGAGCUUCAGUUCUUCCAGAGCUCCGGGGCCAGGCUCCCAGUCUCCACUCGGGUCCUACGCUGAUUGUUCAGCAGCUCAAUUGUUUCUCAAGCAGCAAAGCUUUUCUUCAAGAAGUCCACUCUCUGCAAAGCUCCAAAGCUCAGUCACCAAAAUGGAAUCUGUUACAAUGGAGAUGCCCUCUUUGCUGUCUAAUGGGUCAUCAGAGAGCUGUGCAGCAGUGGAUACAACCGUUGAGAACACAGUCUUCGGAUGCUUCUACAUCCUAGUUUUCUUUCUGGCGCUGAACGGUAACAGCCUUGCUCUCUGGAUCUUCUCUCACCAGCGUGGCGCUUCCUCUCCGGCUAACGUCUUCUUGAUUCAUCUGGCUGUGGCAGACUUAUCCUAUGUGAUCAUCCUCCCGCUGAGAGCCACCUACCACCUCACUGGAGGCCACUGGCCCUUUGGCGAGGUGCCCUGCAGGGUGGCGGGUUUUUUGUUUUAUGUCAACAUGUACGCCAGCUUGUACUUCCUGGCCUGCGUAGCGGGGGAUCGCUACCUGGCUGUGGUUCACGCUGUGAGGUCGCUAAAGGUUCGUCGUGCUCGCUAUGCUCACAUCAUCAGCUUCUCUUUAUGGGCCCUGGUUACAAUCUCCAUGGCACCAUUGCUUAUCACCCACCAGACUGCGGAUGUGGACGGCGUGACAGUGUGUCUGCAGCUGUACAGAGAGAAGGCCUCGCGCAAUGCACUAAUCUCACUGGCUGUGGCCUUUACCCCACCUUUCCUCGCCACCCUGGCCUGUUACCUGCUCAUCAUUUACAGCCUGCAUCGGGGCUCCAGGUUAGAGCCGACCCUCAAGCUGAGGGCCCUGCGCACCAUUGGUCUUGUCAUGCUUAUCUAUGUUGUCUGUUUCCUGCCUUAUCAUGUGAGUAGGGCCACUUUUAUCCUGGGCUACAGCCAUCCUGAUGUCACCUGCCAGACACGCAGGGCCCUGAGCCUGGCCAACCGCCUCACCUCCUCCCUCACCUGCCUGAACGGCGCCAUGGACCCGCUGAUCUACCUGUUUGGAGCGGAGAAGUUCCGUGGCACUCUGAUGCGAUUGUUUUUCAAAGAUCAGGCGGGGCUUUCAGGAGCCACCAGCGGAGAGUUAAAGGGAACGCACGAGAGCUCUGUGAGUGCCAAGUCUGAGUUUUGAGGAAGAGAAAUUUGAAUUUGAUCUGGAGUGCUGUUUGAUAUAGAUGCAUUUCCAUCACACAAAUGAAAUUUGGCCUAUGAAUGACUGAAGAUGACUCAUUCCACAAUGUGGGUGAUAUGCCACUGUAGCCCCCAUAGCUUGGAUUUUCGGCCCAGUUCCAGUGUCCACCAUACGGCCCAUUCACCUGUGUGUGUGUGUGUGUGUGUGUGUGCAGGAGAGUGCAAGGACUCCAAAUGCCAUAUGAGGACUGGG